AUGGAGGUGCCCACCCUCUCUGAAACUUCUAAACCGACUUCUGAGCUCAGUCAAGAGUCCUUGGAUCCUAGGAUUAUCGUUGCAUUGUUUGGAAUUGAAUCACUUCCUUCUAUCUCCCAGAAUUCUCUUCCCUCCCAAAAGAAUAGUGGUUAUCCCACAACUGAGAAACAAACUACACAGAAAUUUAAAACUCUCUUAAAAGAAAUUAAAGAUAUUCUGAAAAGUAUGGCAUGCAGUGAAGAGAAGAGCAUAGACACUGACUCUUUUGAGGAAAACUAUAUUCCUGAACAUGCACCAGUACUUGAAGAAAAAAUCAGAGGACUUGACAAAUUAAAUAAAUUUCUACUGGAAAACCUACUUCGCAAUGUAGACUCAGAGAAAGAACCAAACACAAAGAAACAGGAGAUGCUACUGAAAAACCAGAACUCCAAGAACUUAGCACAAGGUUUUGCAAGACAUUUGGUACAUUGUUCAGAAGCAAAAAGAGUCCUUAAUGAAACUCAACUAAAUAAGGAAAAAACCAAGUGCAGAUUUCCUUGUGUUCAAGAAGAAAAUAGCAAACUGAGAUACAAUAUGGAGCAGUUACUACAGGAGGCAGAUCACUGGAGUGUGCAACAUACUGAGCUCAGUGAACUCAUAAAAUCCUAUCAGAAAUCUCAGAAAGACAGAAGAGAGAAACUUAAAAAGAAUAGCCUUUACCUCCUAACUCAACCAUAUAGUGAGGCGUCAUCUAAGCAGGAGCUGGAGGAACAAGUGAAGAGGCUGAAACAUGACACAUAUUCAUUGCACUUGAUUGCAGCUUUGCUAGAGAAUGAAUGCCAGAUCUUAGAGCAAAGAGUAGAGAUUUUCAAGAAACUUCAUCACCAGAACGAGGGAGUUUUGCAAGAGAAGUUAAUUCAGACAAACUUCGAACAGGGCAAGAAGGAACAAAAACUACUUGAGACAGAGAGGGAAGAAAUGCCUAAGCAGAAAAUGCAAGAAGUGGAGGGUCCAUGUCACAAAAGAGACAAAUUCUUUAGAAACCUAGAUUCUUGUCGUAUUAAGAAAGCUCGUAACAACCGGUUUAAUAGUCGCAUUGCAAGAAGAGCACUUCUGGGGAAAAAGAGGCCAGUCAGUAGUCUACGAUAG